AAACUUUCGUUCAAGUUGGUGUUUUUCCUCAAAUAAAAAAUUGUUUUUACUUUUGAUUAUUAUUCGAAGCUGCUUCCAAGAUGGUCAAACUAACGCCCGAUUUAAUUAAUCAAUCAAUGCAGUACAUAAACCCGUGUCGGGAUCGUGAGCUAGAUCUACGCGGAUAUAAAAUACCUCAGAUCGAAAAUAUGGGAGCAACGUUGGAUCAGUUCGAUACGAUUGAUUUUUCAGAUAACGACAUCCGGAAGCUCGAUGGGUUCCCUCAUUUACCUAGACUAAAGUGCUUGCUGUUGAAUAACAACCGGAUAGUGAGGGUCAGCGAUACCUUGCACGAGUCCCUACCAAACCUGGAGAGUAUCAUUAUGACGGGGAAUAACAUCCAAGAGCUUGGAGAUUUGGAACCUCUUACAAAAAUGCCAAAGCUGCAAACCCUAUCACUCUUAACGAAUCCCGUCUCGACCAAGCAGUACUACCGGGAGUAUGUUGCAUUUCGGUUUCCCAAUCUGCGGCUGUUGGAUUUUAGAAAGAUCAAACUAAAGGAAAGGGAAGCGGCCAAGGAGCUGUUCAAGAGCAAGAAAGGAAAGGAGCUGCAGAGGGAGAUUAUGCGGAAAGCGAAACUGGCGAUGCCGGCCGCGGACAAGCCAACGGUGCACAAUGCUACUCCUGCCGAUAUCCAGAAGAUCAAAGAGGCUAUCAAAAGGGCAACGAACCUGCAUGAAGUGGAACGGCUUACCAGGAUGCUGCAGUCCGGCCAGAUUACGGGAGAUUUCGGCUUCAAUGGUAAAUUGGGAGAUUUCCGUAUGCUAAGCUAGUUUGGAUUCUGGUUCGUUUUAGGUUCGGCGAUGCAGCCCUGAGACGUAGGGAUAGAUGCGACACAGGUUCCAAAACGGUUGAUUUCCUAUCCUUUGAGGCAAAAACUGAUGCUCGUUUUUUUGCAGAUGGCUCUCUAGGUGGACUAGCAGUGGAUUUAA